AUGGCUUGGUAUUGCAUUCAGGACAAGAAGCUUAGAUUGAGUGUUAGAGCUCGGCCUAGCGCAAGAAGUACUGGCAUAAGAGAAAUAUCAGGCACAGAAAUUGUUGUAAAUGUAAAUGCUCCGCCGGUAGAGAAUAAAGCUAACAAAGAAUUGGUGAGGUUUAUCAGUAAGAUGCUUAGAGUUCCGAAGUCUUCUAUCAAAAUCGUAAUAGGGACCACCAGUAUGCAGAAGACAGUUGAGGUGAGUCCCUGGGAAGGAAGCAUAGAAAACUUGGAAGCAACCGCUAAGAAAAUGUUAGAGUAG